CGCAGGGGCCGCCGCCGGGUGGUGAGUGUCGGCGUGGUGCGCCGUGUGCCGGCUUUGUUUUGAACCAGUCGCGAAGAUGGCGGGCUUGCGUGGUGUGUGCAUGCUGUUGGAGAAGCACCGUGACGUGAUAUGCGAGGACCUCAAUGUGGACGAAGUGGUACCUGAGCUUGUGAAUAAGGGCAUUCUUGGUGUGGAGGAGGAAAAGGCUCUUGUAAACGAGGAUUUGGGGAGGGCUAAGGCGGAGCUACUGGUGAGCCAGCUUAGCAAGAAAGGCUUUGCGGCGUUUCAGGAGUUCUGCCACGUGCUGGAGAAGAGCCACCCUCACCUUCUGACGUGCUUCCUCAUGGAUGUAGCCGCGAUGAGUUCCAACACCCCGGCCACCGUCUCCUCUGGUGGGGACUCGGAGAGCCUCAAGUCGCUGGACGUGGCUCUCCGGGAGCGGGACCGGGUGGCGCAGGAGAGGAACGAGCUUCGAGGCACGCUCACCAAACGCAAGGUCAACAAAAG